GCAAGUACCCAAGGAUCAGUUAACGUUCAGCGUUCAAAGCAGCAGCUCUUCAAGUAACGAACUAGAAACUACAUAAAAUCAACAUGACCGGACGCGGUAAAGGAGGAAAAGGUCUUGGAAAAGGAGGAGCCAAACGUCAUCGUAAAGUACUUCGUGAUAACAUCCAGGGAAUAACCAAGCCCGCCAUUCGUCGGUUAGCUCGUCGUGGUGGAGUGAAACGUAUUUCUGGUUUGAUUUACGAAGAGACCCGCGGUGUUUUGAAAGUGUUCCUGGAGAACGUAAUCCGUGAUGCCGUAACAUACACUGAGCACGCCAAGAGGAAGACAGUAACCGCCAUGGACGUUGUCUACGCCCUCAAACGCCAAGGUCGUACCCUGUAUGGUUUUGGAGGUUAAUGUACAUGCAUUACAUACACAUACACAUACUAUGAUAAAAAGGCCCUUUUCAGG